AUGGUAGCCACAAAGCACUGUGCUGUCUUCACGUCCACUGACUUAUUUAACAGGCAGCUCAAAACUCAGCAGAAACCGGAGGAGGCUGCUCCACUGUACAGAUGGUUUCGAUUCAGUAACUGGAGCGAUCUCACACAACCCACCGCCCCGUGCCCCGCGCCCCACGGCCCCCGCCAGUGGACCCGGACCCGCCGCCUGUCCAUCUUCAACCAUACGCGCAAGCGCAAACGCAGAGGCGCGGAGCCCCGCCCCCGGAGCCAUCCCGAGGCAACCUGGGAAGUGGAGUUACCCGCGGGAGGCGCGCCCAGCUCCCGGCGAUCACGUGACAAGCGGACCAAUCGGUACUGCAUCCCGGCCAGCCCGGGUAGCGGCACCUACACCCGGCACGGCUACAUCUUCUCGUCGCUUGCCGGCUCCCUGACAAAGAGCAGCGAGAACGGCGCGCUUCCUGUGAUAUCUGUGACAAGAGAAACAGAGUCCCAGUUACUGCCAGAUGUGGGAGCUAUUGUAACCUGCAAGGUCUCUAGCAUCAACUCACGCUUUGCCAAAGUACACAUUCUAUACGUGGGGUCCACACCACUUAAGAACUCUUUCCGAGGAACUAUCCGCAAGGAAGAUGUCCGAGCAACUGAAAAAGACAAGGUUGAAAUUUAUAAGAGUUUCCGCCCUGGUGACAUUGUCUUGGCCAAAGUGAUCUCCCUUGGGGACGCACAGUCAAACUACCUGCUGACCACUGCCGAGAACGAGCUGGGCGUGGUGGUGGCCCACAGUGAGUCAGGCGUCCAGAUGGUGCCCAUCAGUUGGUGUGAGAUGCAGUGCCCUAAGACCCACACUAAAGAACUCCGGAAAGUGGCCCGAGUACAGCCUGAAUUCUUACAGACCUAAGAUGCCAAACUUUACCCCAUAGAGGGGGCAAGCUGUUUCCAAAGGCACAAAUAAGAAAAUGACAUCAGGGUGCCAUCGUCUUUAUUCACACACCUGGGACCAGCCAGAGCUCACCUUCAGAAAAACCUGCCAGAAUCUUACUACAGAUGGGACAUUUUUCUUGUGAACCUUUUAGUGGAUUUCCUUCUCUUGAACGAUGAAACUCUUCUUUUGGAGGCAGUAGCAAACAAAA